GUGAAGCUUGGGCUCUCAAAUGUCCUAUUGGACAAAUGGAAAUUUAUAGAGUAAUGACGCGUUCUAUGAGGAAAGAUGGCUCGCAGUUGCUUUCAUAUAACUCGGUGGAAGGGCUCAUGUCGAGUCUGGACUCUGGACUUCUACGAGAGCUGAUACUGGCGAAGAGUGGCAAGUUUCCGUGGCCUCGCGGGCUUCCUGUAUAAAAGCCAAAGCAACUCGGUCCCUACAGUUAGCUUAGCUAAAUAUUUCACGAGGGUCCAUUCGUUCGUUUCUAGUUCUUCUAGUCAACAUGCAGAAGACAUCGUUGUGGGGGCUCGCCCAAUGCCUCCUUUGGGCGGGUGCAUAUGGAAUAGAAAGACGUGAUGACUGCGAACCUGUUUACUUGACGACGACGCUUUUCCUAUCUACUACCAUUUAUACGACUGCUCCUCCUAAUGUAACGUCGGUGCCAUCUACCAGUGCACCAUUUGGUAAUACAACUGCAAUCCCGACUUCAAGUCCAGCAAAUACGACCAGCCUCCCGUUUGGAAAUUCCACCACAAGUAUCAUUAUCCCGACUACGGGGAAACCACCAGUAGGGACUCCAACAACUAGUUUGCCAAUUGGUAACACUACUACGGGUAUAACUAUUUCUCCGCCUACGGCAACGCCACCGACAAGCAUAGGGACAACGACUAGUGCGCCAUUCAGUAAUAGCACCACGAGUGGUAUAAUCACACCGACGGGAAAACCUCCUGGUCUCCCCGGAAAUUCCACUACAGGAAUAACUGUCUCUCCAACUACAGCGACUCCUCCUUCGAGCAUAGGGACGACUACUAGUGCGCCAUUUGUCAAUACCACCACGAGUGUUAUUAUUCCCACUACAGGAAAGCCUCCAGGUUCCAGCACUAGUAUACCUUCCGGAAAUACCACUACAGGUAUAACUGCCUCUCCAACUACUGCGACUCCCCCGUCGAGUAUAGGGACAACUACUAGUGUGCCAUUUGGAAACACUACGACGAGUGUCAUCGUCCCCCCAACGACGUCAGCACCCCCGUCAAGCACUCCCUCGCCGACUACAUCGCCACCAGCGGAACCUACGCGGCCUAUACCGCCGGCUUUCCCACCCGGCCCAUUUAGGGGAUAUAAGAAUGCAGUGUACUUCACGAACUGGGGUGUUAACGCGGGCUUCCACCCUCAGGAACUGCCGGUCUCUGAACUAACACACAUCCUCUACGCCUUCGCCGACAUCGACGAAGAUGGGACGGUGAAAUCUUCAGAUCCAGUGAUUGAUCUGCAGAAGCGCUACCCGGAUGAUUCGAAGUUGAACGUUACCAGAAACGCCUAUGGUGCCGUUAAACAGCUUUUCCUCCACAAGAAGUACAACCGUAACCUUAAGACGAUUCUUUCAAUAGGAGGAUGGAACUACUCGCCGAAAUUUGUGACGGUUGCUGCUUCAGACGCUACAAGAUUCAAGUUCGCUACCACUGCCGUGAAACUGGUUACGGACUGGGGUUUCGACGGUAUUGACAUUGACUGGGAAUAUCCGAACAACGAUGUCGAAAAGGCCAAUUUCGUUAAGUUACUCGAGGCUUGCAGGCACGCGUUUGACAGGUAUUCUCUCCUUCAUGGCUUGAGAUAUCGGUUCACUAUUAGCGUGGCAAGUCCGGCUAGCCCACAGAACUAUGAUAAGCUCGACUUGGUCGGAAUGAACAGAUAUGUGGACAACUGGAACUUAAUGGCCUACGAUUAUUCUGGAAGCUGGGAUACAGUAAGCGGCCACCAAGCCAAUGUCUUCUCAUAUCUCGACGAUCCAGCCGUGAAGAAGCCAAGCACAGAUGAUGCCAUAAGGCACUAUGAAUCUCAGGGAAUCCACCCCCGUAAGAUUCUCAUGGGCCUGCCCGUAUAUGGCCGAGCCUUCGAGGGUACAUCUGGCAUUGGACAGAAUUACUCAAGUGUCGGAGAAGGAGGUCCGCAACCCGGAGUCUUCUACUACAAGGACCUGCCGAAACCAGGGGCUGACGUGGUUUGGGACGACGUGGCGAAGGCGACGUAUAGCUAUGAUCCCGACACUAAGGAGCUCAUCUCGUACGAUAAUGUGCGAAGCACCAAUUUCAAAUCAGAGUAUCUCCAAUGGCGCGACCUAGGCGGUGCGUUUUUCUGGGAGGCUAGCGGCGACAAGGGUGGUGGCCAGGGCUUGGUUAACACUAUGUCGAAGAAUCUGGAUUGGUUGGAUGAGACGGAGAACAACCUUCAUUAUCCAACAAGCCAGUACCGUAAUAUCAGAUGGGGAUUGCCAGGCGAAUAGGUACUAGACGCUUGAGAUGCAUCUCCUAUCAUGUCUACGCUUGAUUUUUCUUCUUAUAUAUGGGUUUGGGAAAACUGGACCGGUACGGUUGGAUUGGAUUGUUUAUAUAAACUUAUGAUUCUAGCUUCAAAGGGGGCUAUUAUGGAUCGUGGCGUGAUAGUCCUAAUAGAUAUGAUUCAAACACGUCCACUAAAGACCGC